AAAGAAGUUUUGGUAUGACAGCCCUACCCUGGGAUCUAAAAUGAUGUAUAAACCAACCAAAUUGGGCUCUGUAAUGAAAGAUGACCAGACAAAAACUAGAAAAGAAGAUAACAUACGCUGCAGAGUCUUGAAUAGUCUUAUUCAUAAAACUGUGGCAGAGAUGAUGACUACCUGUGAAGUUAGUCAAGAACUUUAUGAUCUCAAGCUGGAAAUCUGCAAGGUAUCCCUGGCAUCAAACUUUUCAGCGUGUCGUGUGUACUGGAAUCCUGCUACUACUAUGGAGAAAGAAAGUUAUGUUGAAAGUGUACUGCGGAAGAGUGCUCCACGUAUACGGUAUCUUCUGACGAGUCAGCAGAUUAUAGGAAAUGUACCCCCAAUAGUAUUUGUAAAAGACAAAGAAGCUGCAGCUGUAAAAGAGAUUGAGGAAUUAUUGUCAAUUGCUGAUUUUGGACCUCCAGAAGAAAUAGAAACACUAUCUCAAAAUGAUUCUAGUAAACUGUCCUCUUCAGCAAGUCAAUCUUCAGAUUUACCCAUGCGGUCUAAUCUUUUUGGUAUUGAUCAUGAACUGCUGAAUAAGCAGAUAAUGGACUACAAAAGACUGAAAGUGUCAAGAGAUAUGGAAAACAUUGCCUGGACAGAAAAGCAGGAGCAGCAGCUUUCCAAGAUUCAAAAGAAAAGGAAAAAGAAAAAACCAAGGAAUCUUCCUGAUGACGACAUUACACCACAGAAAUACUUACUGGACAGAUACGAAGCUGAUUACUGGGAUGAUAACACCGAAUCAGUCUUGGACUAUGAGCUGGACGAUGAAUUACAGGAAGAGGUGAACGAAUUGGAGGUGGAUGAUGGCAAAACUCUAAGUCAGCCUACUGAUAAACUGAAAUGA